AUGGUUCGCCAACGCGCGCCCUCGACGGCGUCGACCACCUCGGCGUCCGCCGUGCGCGACCAGGAGCUCGGGAGCAUGUACGACUACCUCGCGAAGAUCAUUCUGCUCGGGCCAAGCGGCUGUGGCAAGUCUUGUUUGCUGCACAGGUUCGUGAAGAAUGAGUGGCGCAUCUUCUCUUCGCAAACCAUCGGCGUCGAGUUCGCCUCGAAAAUCAUAAAGGUCGGAACCGGUGCGCGCAGGAAGCGGAUAAAGCUGCAGCUCUGGGACACUGCAGGAACCGAAAGAUUCCGCUCCGUCUCGCGGUCCUACUACCGCGGCGCCGCCGGCGCCAUCCUCGUCUACGAUCUCGGCUCGUUCGCAUCCUUCAGAUCCCUUCCCACCUUCCUGAACGACGCCCGUGCCUUGGCCUCUCCGCAGCUUACCGUCAUCCUUGCCGGAAACAAGAAAGAUUUGGAAGACUCCGAGGGACAAUACGAGCCAGAGCCAUCCAUACUGGACGAGCCGAUACCGACACCGUCGAGCGUAAAUAGCAGGGCAGCUUGGGGGUCAUUAUCAUCGUCACGAAGCGCAUUCGGGGGACAAAACACGGUGACUGUGUCUCCAGAAGGCCGUGAGGUGUCGACAGAAGUAGCUUCGCGUUGGGCCACGGAUGCCUCAGUCCCCGUCUCGGUCGAAGUAUCGGCGCUCUCUGGGGACAACGUCGAGGAGUUGUUCUCUCGCCUGGCCAGAAUGAUCCUGACCAAGAUUGAGAUCGGAGAAAUCGACCCCGACGACCCGCAGAGCGGCAUCCAAUAUGGUGACAGUGGCAGCUGGGGAGGUUAUUACGAUGACGACGGCGGCAGCAUCAAAAGCGGCACCACCGACGGCGGGGGGACCCGGAAACGACGCAAGGGCAAGCGUCGGGGAGGAGCCCUCCUGUCAGGGGUGCAGGAAUGGGAAGAGGUGUUCAAGAUUUCAAACUCGCGGAGUCGUGGAGGGUGUUGUUGA